AUGAGCCGGCACCGUGACUAUGGCGAGACUCCGGAGGACUGGCUUCAUUACUUGAGCGAUAUGACGAAGUACUUGGCACCGCAUAUCCGAAGCCUCAAAGCCCGCAUUCGGUCUGUCGAGUCUGAGCUUGGACAAGUCAGCAUGUUUCUCGGGUCCACCUGCAGCGUGGACAACAGCUAUGCUAAUCUGGUCGACGGCCACUUUGCAUGCCUUAGCGAGUCGAAACCCUUUGAGCUCGAUUUGGGUAGUGGAGACAUACUGUUUCAAGGCGACAACCAGUGGACAGCUCGCUGUCAGCUCCCGCCGCCGGAGAGGGAUAUAUUGCUGCAUCUGACUCUGAUGGGAGACCACGAUAAGAUAUUCGAUGACUCUGGCGAGGACGAGGAGGGGGACGGGAUGUUGCGGCCACUGAAAUGUUCACUGUACCAUUCGCUGCAAGACAACUUUUUCCGAGGUACAGACCUCCGCGGUAUGCAAGAGCUAAAUAGCGGUAGGGCGCUCGAAAGUCUUGUUGCCGGCGCAGUCGUUCUUGCAAGCCAUCGCGAGAAAUUUUGCGGGGUGAAAUUCCCAGCGUUCUUGGGCAGACAGCUCUACGAAUUGGGCGUGGUGGACAACAUCGACGCGGAGGUUGAUAUUCCAUCAAACCAUGCCAAGAAUGCAAGCACGAUCCCGUUUCUGUCAGUGCCUAACACGGAGUGGCCGAGUUCGUUUGUGGAUGCGUGGCGGGGUAGCGGUGCCCAGUUCGGCAAUCUGUGCUGUGUCGCUGACUCGGACCGUGUGAGUGGGGAUUCCGAGCGGAGCGAGUACGGAUUCGUUGCAAGCGAAGCGGGAAAGGAUGCUUGCAUUCUUUCCGGCGAGUGCAGAGAUGACAAGGAACCUUUAGACGGGCAAAGUCUUGUAAAUGUGCUGCAGCGUGUUCCUGGUAAUUCUUCCAUUCACUUGGUGGUGGUGCGAAAACUGCAAGAUUCAUACUUUCGCGACCUCCCAGAUCCAGCGUCUGCAGCGUGUGUUGCCUUGGCGAGUAAUGCGCUGACUUUUAUCGCAUUUCGAAAGAGGGCGAGCUGGAGGAAUUCGCGGAGCUAA